AUGCGAUCUGCCGUUUGGACCCUUACCCUCCUCUUGCCCGCGUGGGUGGUGGCCGAGAAAUACGUCCUCUGGAACAGCCAGACGUGUGAAGAGCAAGUCGAGGAUGGCAUCUCGUUCUCUCGCUACGCAACCUACAAGGAUUCCGUCUACUGCUUCGAUUUCUUCGAUAAUGUCGUUGCAGGCUCAGUCAGCCAGAGCAAGGACACGGUAUGCCAGGUGUACACCGGCACUGGCUGCAGUGGCCAAGAGGUACAGCUUACCUGCACUGCCAACAACCUCUUCGACCCUCGUCUUUGCUGCACGGACACUCCGCAGGGAAUCAAGUCUCUCCGUUGCUGGAACCAAGAGUAG